AUAUUAAAGAAGAUGAAUGUAAUAGUAAACAGUAAAAAGAAAUUAAAAGAAUUUGGAGCAUUGAUAGAAGCUGAGCUUUUACCACCUUUACCGGUACCACCGUUGCCACCGUUACCAUUACCACUAUUACUACUACCAGAAAUUACGUUUAUGACACCCCAUUCUCCGUUAAGACAAUAUAAUGAGAAAACUGAUGAAGGUGAAGAAAGUGAUAUAAUGGAAAGGUAUGUCUCCAUUAGAUCAUACGAAAUCGAUGAAAUUAAA